AUGUAUCGCUUGAUCGUUUUCAAGUGUUUUCCUGACAGCUUGGAGCCACUUUUGAGGCUCUCCUCCCCUGGGCUUCGCUCACGUUGUCUACGCGACUGUCGUCGCACAUUCAGCUGCAGCGUGAAAAAGCACAACUUAUUCGUGCCCAGUGUGCCAUCGUGGCACUCUACAGAGUCAUUGGCUCUUCCAUCAGCAAGGAGGAUCGCAUUUAGGCAGUUUUCCGGGGACGCCUUGGACAACGCCGCUGUCCACCCCGAUUCAAACGACCUCUCCGAAGCAGGAGAUUGUUCUACAGCUGGUAUACAGGAUAUAGACAAGUUUGUUGAUUCUAUAGAAGACUCUACUGGUGGCUGGUGGCCGCUGUAUGUGCGCGGCGAGGUACCGAACUACCCUCCCCGCCGUGAGAUGUUCGAGCGUCUGACGGCUGAAGGUAUCGAUGUCGAGCUUAUGGAAGCUUACGAAAUUGAGGACUUUACGCGUUGGUUAUUGAUGCGCAAGAAAUACGGCCCUGCCUACCCCCGCAUGCCGUACGACGUGACACUAGAGCAGAAGAUCGAGGAGCUUCGUCGGAGGAUACCCCUCUCCCGACCUGCUGGUGAUACGGACUAG